AUGGCUACCACUAGCACCAUGCAUAUGAAUCAUCAGCAACAACCACACCUGAACUCAAGUUCUUCUUCAUCAUCAUCCAAACCAUUAGCCUCUCAUCAUUCCAAUCUCUUUUCCAAUGAAACAACAACAACAACCACUUCCAUCCAUGAACUCUCUCCGCAUCGUGCCAUCAACAUGAAUUCCAACAACGACCAUUGCAGUAGUAACGACAAUAACAACAAUUCUGAAUUAUUAUUCAUCACGGACCGUCAACAGUAUAGAAACACAAGAAGUAACUCUACUAACUCCAAUAACAGCAACCAUUACAACAACCAUGCAACAACAACAACAACAAACACGACGUGCCUUUCCUCUCCAAUUUCUCAUGACCAAGCUCUCCAUGAAAACAAUGCUACCCAUUCUCCGUCCCUUUCAUAUGCUGCACCCAAGAGCAGUCGGUGGACAAAACUCAAACAAGCCUUCAAAAGAGAACAUCAACAAGCCAAUAUGAACGCACCAACAACUACAAAGCAAACAACAACAACACCUCAUACAUCCUCUCAUAGUCAUACCGUUUUGAAGCACAACAACAAUAAUUUGACUGCUUCUUCGGCCAUCAUCACCGAUCGUUCAAGUUCAGAUCCCUCUUUCAGUUCUUACAAGAACCCGGUUUUCAUUCCAUCAGCCUCUUCUUCAUCCUCGCCGUAUUUAUCAAAACCAUCAUCAGCCUCACAUUCGAGUGAUGAUAGUCAACAUCAAAUCUCGUCGGAUGAUCCAACCAUGAUGACUUUUGAAACCUUUCUAUCCGUCAAUACAUUGAGUGCUUCUCCAAAAUCAACAGGGCAAUCGUCAUAUCAUACAUCUCCUUCUUCUCCGGUGAUGAAUCAAAAUCCAUAUCAAACAAGAAUGACUUCACCUACUUCUUCACUUUUGAAAGUUUCUAACGCUUACUUGUUUCAAGAUGAUGAAAGAAAUUGCGUAACGAGUCCUUCUGGAUUCUCUGUCUCGUCAAUGCAUAGUGAGCCACCUCCAGCAGCAACCUUAGUCCUUCAAACUCAAUCGUCGCCGAGUUUAACGAACAAUAGAAAAAAGAAACAAACUGCGUCACCUUUUUCUCCUCCAACCAAUGAGAUGAAUGAAGAAGUAGAUCCAUUACCGACAAGUAAGAAAACAAAAGGAAAUAUUAAGAGACUAAUUGCAAUGCUUACCCCUAGGAGAAGAAGAAGCUCAAAACAUGAAUCUUCAAAAGUAGAUAAUGGAAAGUCAAAACUUUCCAAUGUAGACAAUAUUAAUGAUCCAGCUCUGUUAGAUGUUGCUCACAAGAGACAAUUGUUCGAGCAAAGAACAGCAGAAUUGGGAUCAAAAACUGUAAAUAGUGAUGAACACUUGAAAUUAUUGCAAAAAGAAAGAAUUGUGACAGCACAAAUUCAACAUUUCAACCAAAGUCAAGAUCAUAUUGAGUUACAACCCAUACAAAAACGAAAAUACAGUGUUUCAGGAAAGUUAGCCACUUGGUUAAGAGCAGGUAGAGAUAGCAGUGACAAACCAAAGUCUCAGUCGUUUACUGAUGAGAAAAAGGAAAAAAGGAAAUCACUUUCUGAAAUUAUGAAAAACAAUUUUUCUCUUUCAAGUAGUAGCAACACUUCGGAUGGUUCUGACAAGGCGAACACGCUGGUGAAAAUUCACAGAUUGGCAGUGUCCAAUAUUAAUACAAAUACCAAGAGUAACACAGGUUCAUCACAAACUGUGAAAUCUAGUGAUAUUACAUCAGAUGAAAAUCUAACGGAUGUUCCAAUAACGAAUGAGCUACCUAAAUCGUCACUUCCUCGAUCUAAUAUUCCGCUUUUAGCUUUAGAGUCUGAAGAGUUUAGAAAGACAACAGAACAGAUCGCUCUUGAAUUAGAUGAAAUUGGUGACGAAUUAUUGUCUCGUGAGAGCGACAUUGAAGAACCUGCAAAACCAACACCGAGCCAGAAUGAUUCAGCAUCUCCUCCUUCUUUGAAUGUGGCGCUUCCAGAAAAUAUUCCAAAGAGCGUGUUAAGCCCAAUAUUUGAUAUUGACCAAGAUGACUACAAUACCAUGUCUCCUAUUCGACUUCCAAGUACAACUAAUGAGAGUGAAUCUGUACGCAGAUGUCCACUUUCCAUUGUUUCUGAUUUUUCUUUGCUUAAACCAAACCAAGUUUAUUACUACCUUUUGGAUAAUUUUGUGAACAAUUCAGAAUUUGAUGAUCACACUUGUGCUGAGAAGAUUGAAGAAUUUUUCAAUGCAUACAUUGAAUAUCACAGAACUGUUGAAAAUCCGCAGAGCGAUGAUGGAUUAACUCCUGCCACAUUCACUGAGGCAGAUAUUCGAAACUUGAGAGACAAAGAACGACCAAAAUGUUACUUGAUGCAUCAAGCAGCAAAGAAAAAUAGAUCUUCUCUGAUUUAUUUACUUGCUACCAAGUACAAUUGUGACGUUGAAGCACAAGACGAGUUAGAAUCUUCUCCACUACAUUGGGCAUGCUCUCAUCGAUCCAUCGAUUCUAUCUUGGUGUUAUGUCAACUCAAAGCAAGAGUUAAUAUUAGAGACAAGUAUGGAAAAGCUCCUCUCCACUUGUUGUUAACGAAAGCCAUUGCCGAUGAGGCAAGUUGUAAUCUAGAGAGUGCCCACCAAUGCUUUAAAGGAGCACAAAUUUUAUGUAACAUGUUUGAUGGAGAUUACAAUUUCAAGACCUCGGACGGUUCAACAAUUUUACAUAUUGCAUGUGAAUUGGGAAGAAUGGAAACUGUAAAAUUUUUAGUGGGAGAAUCUAACGAUAUUAUGCAAGGAACAGCAACACAAGGAUCGAAUAGAGUCUUGUUGAAUUCAAAAGAUAAGAUUGGAAAGACACCACUCAUGAGAGCUGCAACCAAAGGCCAUCUCGACAUUGUAGAGUACAUUAUCAUUAAUUCGAAGCCUAGUGUUGUCUUUGGACCCAUGUCCAGAGAUGACAAGAAACAAAACAUUCUACACCAAGCAGCUCUUCAAGGUCUUGAUGCUCUUGUCAAUAGAAUUGCAUUUCACAAUCCAAAUGCAUGUGCCAAUAUGAUGCAGGAACAGGACAUUUCUGGUAAUUCUCCACUUCAUUUGGCUGUUAGUAAGGGAAAUGUCAAAACUGUUAAUUUGUUCUUGACACUACUCAACAAGGACGUUGUGAACGUGAUAAAUGAGAAAUGUGAAACACCCCUACAUUUGGCCUGCAAAGUGAAAGACAAAAAGGCAGCCGAAAAGAUUUGCAGAUACCUAUUACAAAACGGUGCUAACCCAGACCUGAAAGACAACAAACAACAAACACCAAGACAAUUAGCUUUGGAAAAUGAGCUGCAACUUGAGUUUACAGGUCCCAAGAAUAAAAAGAAGUAG